CGCCUCCGGCGGCCUCCGGGAGCGUGGGAACCUAGCCUACGGGCGCUUUCCUGUGGGGGCGGAGCGGCGUGUAGAGUCGGGGGUCGUUUCCGGGAAGUUAGAUGCCAGCUAAACUUAGAGGGUAAAGUGAGGUAAACUCUGGCGCUGCUUGAGGUUUAGUUCAGCCAGCACUUUGGCUUGUUCCUCGUGGACAGCGAGCGAUCAAAUUCGUGAAAAGAGGGAGUCCGGAAAUAGAGAGCACGAGAAAACAUCUAAAGCAUCCAGAAAUCGUCUCCUGGACACCUUCCAAGAGGCAGGCUGAAUCAUCCUUCAGCCCCAGAGAAGGGGAGGCCAAUUUCAGGUGUUCAGAGGCUGAUCGAAGACUUGAGAUUGGCACAGCUUUUGAGGCCUGAAGGCGCUUUAGUGCUUUCAGGAAGCGAUUCUGCAGCCUGCUUCUGCUGGAAGAACCUCAGAUCUUCCCAGUGAGUAAACAUCUUGUUUUAGCUGAGACUGAGCAGAAAAAAAAAAAAAAAAAAAAAAAACCUGGGGGGAAACAAAAUUAAUUUCUUUGAACUUCUGUAAGUACGAGACAUUUUUAUGGAGUUUUAAUUGUUUUGGAUUUGAAGUGUUUGACCUUGAAAACUUUUAGCAUUUGCAUUUAGUUCAUCCUGGAAAUCUUAUUAAUAAGAAACCGUCUUCAAUAUGUGGAGCAAUUCGUUAUUGUAGGGCUUUUAUUAUGAGAGUACCUUUAUGAAAAUUAUUAUUGGAAUAUCUUGUUGAUGUCAUUUAGUCUCCUUGAAGGUCUUCUGAUAUGCUCUGUUGAAUUGCUUACUGAACACAAUCUGCAUAGGAAAUAGAAUGGAAAAGUAAUGUUCAGUCUUGGUGGAACACUCAUCUUGGAGUUAGUAUCUUCUUGUGCCUGAUUUCAGAUCAUUAUAAAACAAAUUCAACACUAAUAUCUAUUGGACUGUGAAGGUUUUGUAACACACCUGAAAAUGGGCAUUCCUCUCAUGAGAGUUGGGUUUUAUGUUCGCUCCUCUUAAAUUUGGACCUUUUUUAGUGAUUUUGUGUGAAGAGUAGAAUGCAUCAGAAGUCAAGUCCCUAAAUCUUGGGUCUGGGUCAGAAAAAGCUACGGAGCUUCCAUCUGGUUCUCUCAGGACACUUGUUUUGGAGCCUUGAGCAACUAUGUAAGAAGUCCACCCACACUGAGAUGUCCAAGAUAUGAAGAAGCCCAGAGCAUGUGGAUUGGUCAUGUAUAAUGCUCCAGCCAAGGGCACCAGCUGAGGUCUUGUGCAAUAGCUUCAACCUAGUAUCAGUUAUUGGACAUGUUUGUGAAGACUCCUCCUCCAGAUGAUUGUCCACCUGUCCACCCCCAGCCAUCACAUUGAAGGCCAAGAGAAACUGGAGCAGAGACAGGACACUCGCACCGCAUCAUUCUAUAAAUACUGAACAAUUGUUGGUGUGUACUGUGUUUCAAAGGAUUAGCAACUAUAAGCAGCAAGUCAACUCAGAAGUCUUAAUGACGGAGCAGCAGCUGGCAUUAGACUCUGUUUUUAACAGGAACCCAGACUAAGGAGUUGGCAUUGGAAAUCAGACUGAGGAUGGGAUUGAGGAUCUCACUGGCCAAUAGGCAAGAAGACUGUGGUGAGUGGGUUUUUUGGUCAAAUUAUCACAAUUCAGAUAACUUGAAAUUAUCAAUCACUGUGUGGAUGUACUAACUGGAUAUACAGAACAUCCAUUCAUCCAUUAUUUAUGCAUUUGUACCUUCAUCACUUAUCCAUAUAUUUGCGUAUCUGCUAGAAACUCAAAGACAAGUACAAUACUGUGUCCUUAAAAGAUUUACAGUUCCCUGAGGAAACAGUUAGAUAGUGUUAUAACUGUCCCUGGGCCUGGAGCUCCUGAUCUAAUCAAUAAGGCCACCGGAGCAGACCGAAGACAGUGGUUUAACCAGACCUGAAAAGAUAAAUAUGAAUUUAGAUUCCAUUCAUCGGUUAAUUGAGGAAACACACAUCUUCCAGAUGCGGGAGCCAUCAGUUAAACCACCUUGUGACAUGUUAGCACCUGCUUCAUCCCCGAAGGACACUUGUCCUUCCUGUUUGCCACAUCAGGGACUGCAAUCACGUGCCGCUCACAACUUCUGCACUCACUCCUGUAACACCAGCGAGUGGAAUAUUUGCGAAGAGCUUCGCCUGAGGGAACUUGAAGAAGUCAAGGCCAGAGCUGCCCAGAUGGAGAAGACCAUGAGGUGGUGGUCAGACUGCACUGCCAAUUGGAGAGAAAAAUGGAGCAAGGUUCGGGCCGAAAGGAACAGCGCCAGGGAGGAAGGAAGACAGCUCAGAAUAAAAUUGGAGAUGACGAUGAAAGAAUUGAGUGCACUGAAGAAGAAGCAGAGUUUGCCACAUCAAAAGGAGGUAUUAGAAACUACCCAAGACCUGAAGCAUCCUACUUUCCUGGAAGGGCCUUCUGCACAAAGAGACCCAUUUCACCUUGGUUCACAAACGUGGGAGUCUAUCAGAGGUUGUCCGGUAAAAAGAGAAUUUCCUACAAAGGAGAACCCGGAUAGUAAGGAAGAAGGUUUGAAUAUUGACCAGUUAAAAUUAAAUGAAGAGACGAAACUCAAUCUUAACUGUCCUGAUUCAUUAAGGACUGUUUCUGAAAACAGCACACUGAAAUCUGCAUUAAGACCACAAGCAAUAAACCUGCCUUUGGAGAAUAAAGUGCCUGAAAUUUCAGCUUUGCAGGUACAUCUGGAUGAGUUCCAAAAGGUUUUAUGGAAAGAAAGAGAAAAGCGCUCAUCUUUGGAAAAAGAAAUAGAACGACUGGAGUCAGCUUUGUCUGUAUGGAAAUGGAAAUAUGAAGAACUGAAAGACUCAGAGCCAAAAAAUCUGAAAGAGUUUAACAUUAUUCCUGGUCAACAUGAAAAUGAAAUGAAAGAAAUAUCGGGAGAUAUAAAAGAAGAAUCAAAAUCUCAAACCGGCAAGGAUAGAGUGAUCUACGAGUUAAGAGCUGAGCUAGAGAGAUUGCAAGCUGAAAAUAUCUUGGAGCGAGACAAGAGGGAAAUACUUGAAACAGAAAAACAAGGACUGGAAAGGGAAAAUAGAAGGCUAAAGGCCCAAGUGGAAGAAAUGGAAGAGCUUCUGGAGAGGAGAAAUGUAUUAAGUGCAAACUCUCCAGGUCCUGACUUCAAGACCUCACAAAUUGAACUGCAGGAAAAAAUCAAGGAACUUUUAGGAGGACAGAGAGGAGAGGACAAGAGAAGACAAAUGAGGCAAGAAGAAGAAGGGAAAAGUGGAAUUUGUGCUGACUAUAAAGCGAGAGGACAUAACAGAAUAACCAAAAUGGGAGCAAACACAUAUAGGCUAAUAUUUAUCAAAAUAUGUCCUGAUUUUGCUGUAAUGGAGAAAAGUAGAGUUAUAAUUCCCAACCAUUUUUCUAAAAAUGAUACCUUUCAAUGCUCAUUUGCUUUACCACUUUAUUCAGUGACAGGGAGGUUUGUACUUGGAUAGCCUUGAUUCUGUAGAUAUGCAGUGUUUGCAUUCUCCAUUCCAAAUAACACGUUUUGAAGUGAAAAGUUAUUGGAAAAAGGGGUCAGUAUUCUAUGGGGUAAAGCCCCGUGAACUAGUCAACAUGCCUUUUGUGGAGCUCCUUGGAGGCUCGUUUUCUUAAAUCAUUCUGGCAACUGACUCUCUUCCUUCAGGUCACACAGUGGGUCAUUUUCAGAAAACUAAUGUGACAGAGUGGUAAUUGAUGUGUCUCGGGAAAAUGAUGAAUUAAUCUAAGAGUAGAAAGGCCAUCAAAGUCAAUUCCUAAUGAAUUUACAUUACUGACAGUGUCCAUUUCUUGAAUAGGAAUGACAUUAUAUUUAUUUUGCUUAGUAACUUUAUCCUCAGAAAUGUUUUAUUUUCACUCAGAGGUUUAUCAGGCAAACCUAUGGCUUUGUUAACUUCUUCACUCAUUAUUUUUCUUUUAAAACCUUCAUUACUCAUACAAUUAUUGAGUAAUUUAAGAAUAAUUAUAUCUAUUCUUAUGCUGUUGUAAAAUAAUAAUUUUAAAUAUAAAAUAACAUAAUUUGAUGUUAUUAGACAGGGUUAUUUCACGUUUUUCUUUAACCAUUCUUACAUAGCUUUGCUUUCUGUGGUACACUAGAAAUUUUAAUUUUUAAUACAGUGAUUAGUAAAAAUUUAUAUUACUGUAGAGACUUUAGAGAUAUGGAAAUUUUUAACCCUUUGGUGUAUGAAAUAUAUUUUGGUAUAUAAAAAUGAAAAUAAUUCAUUUUGAAGAAUGUCUUAGUUGUAGCAAAACACUGAGCUACACAUGAGUGUCUUUCAUGAAUUGAUAAUUCAGUGAUUUCAUAAAACUUAGAAACACAUCCGUGAUUUUGUAUACAUUUUAGCAAAAGUGAAUUAGGUUGUGUGGGUUGACCAGAACAAUGUUCUUUUCUCCAAGAAUUUCUGAAGUUAGCAGAGACAGACGCUUAAGUACCAUUUGUUAAUGUCAUAAAGAGGUAUCUAGUGAAAGUUCACACUGAAUUAAAAUAAAUCAAUAUACUACAAAAGAGGGUGGCAUUUUCUCUAAUAUAAUGACUGCCCUCACUCACCCUGAAAUACUCACAUGCGUUCAUGCAUUCAAACGCACAUGUAAAUGCAGACAAUGAAUUGAUUUUUAUAAAUAAACUCAAAAGUGAAAGUUUUA